AUGACCCCUACUAAAGCUAUAAAAAUAAAAGAAGUUAUUGCAACACCUUCAAAAUUAUGUAAUAGGCCUAUAGGCUUUAAUAAAACUAAAUUAAAUUAUAGUACUUUAGUUAGAUAUUUGCUUGAACCUGAUGAACUUAAAACAGGUCCUAAAAGAGCAACUGACUAUAAUUGGAGUCUACAAGUUUAUCAUAUUCAUGAAGCUUUG